AACGAAAACAAAGUUGUUUUUGGUGAGAAUGGUAGAGGGGCUUCCUUUUUGUGGGUUGUCCUCAGAAAGGGUGAAGACCCACAACUAGAAUCCGAUUUGUUUGUUCCGUACACAAUUGAUCACGGUCCGAUUCCUAAGAGGAGGAGAUUAGUCAGGAUGCGCGUAAACUGACCCGAACAUCUCUUACCGUCGAAAAAAAAGAAGACUCCCUUCUGUGGACUCUUUUAAAUUGGAAUACUGGUAUUGGGCAAUAAGGCAGCAACCAACAGAAUUUGCGUACAAAGUCCGCAUGAUGUAGAAUUUCCUCAUCAAUAACCCCCAGCUUUCCCGCCAUUCCUCAUCGUCUUCUCUCUCAAGACUAUGGCUGAUUCAACAAUCCCCAACCCCGAUCCAUGGGUUUCUUGUGAAUCGCAUUGGGACACUGGGGCUGGUAUGGGCUCGGCGCCUUGUACUGAUUGUGCUGAGAUAGUGGUGGUCCGUCACGGAGAAACAGAUUGGAAUGUAGAGGGGAGAAUUCAGGGACAUGUUGAUGUGGAACUGAAUGAAGUAGGGAGACAACAAGCAGCUGCUGUGGCUGAUCGACUCUCAAAAGAGACUGCAAUUUCUGCAGUGUACUCGUCUGAUUUAAAACGAGCUCUUGAGACUGCCCAUAUCAUAGCGAACAAAUGUGGUGUGUCUGAGGUCAUACAAGAUGCAAAACUAAGGGAACGACAUCUUGGAUAUCUUCAAGGUUUUGUAUUACAUGAAGCAGCCAAUCAUAAGCCAAAUGCAUAUCAAGCAACUUUAUCUGCCAGGACUGAUGAAGAAAUCCCUGGUGGUGGAGAAAGUCUUAAUCAACUCUUUCAUCGCUGCACAUCUUCAUUGCAGAGUAUUGGUAUGAAGCAUAUAGGUGAGAGAGUGGUAGUGGUUACUCAUGGUGGAGUCGUCCGUGCACUUUACAAGCGAGCUGCUCCAACAAAACGGCUGCGGAAGAAGAUCCUGAAUGCAUCUGUAAAUAUACUUCACUUAUCCAGCAAGGAAGACUGGAUCAUAAAGACAUGGGGCGACGUUAACCAUCUCAAUAAUACCGCAUUUCUGAAGACUGAUUUUGGAGGUGACAACACAUCUUCUGCUCAAAUAAAUCCAGAAUGCUCUUCUGGCUCCUCUGGUUGAUUACCCUGUAGCAGAACAUUAGUCAGACUACAAUCAAAUAGUAUGUAAAUCACCACCCAAAGUCUAUUUCAGUAAUGAAUCUAAUUUCAAAGUGCACUGAUUCGAACUGGAACUGCUCAUGUAAAUAUGAAGUUCACUUAUGGAUCUUAGAUUUUACACAAGGACACCUUCAUUCUCUUG